UCAGUAUAUAUUUGAAGCUUGAACGAUGCGCUUCCUUUCGUCACGUUGGUUUUUUUUAUUUGUGCAUUUUGUCGAAUAUGUUAUCGUGUGUGAUUUUGAGUGUGUUCAAAUAUGGAAUGCUUUGGAUGCAGUGACGUGAAAUAUACCUUGACACGCAAGGGAGAACAAUAGAAGAGUUGCGCAAAACACCAGAAUGACGUCCAGGUUAGACCGUCUGUUCGUGUUGCUGGAGGCGGGUUCCGGGCCGGCGACCCGCCGCGCGGCGGCGCGACAACUCGGCGAGGUCCAAAAGGCGCACCCUGAGGAACUCCACAGGUUGCUGGCCCGCCUGAUGAAACACCUGCGCUCCCCGGCCUGGGAGACGAGAAUAGCGGCCACACAAGCAGUGGAGGCAAUUCUAUCGAACGUUCCGGAGUGGUGCCCCUCCUUCACCGGCACGGAAAUCAAAGAAGAAGAAGACAGCAAAGAGACAGAAGACAGUAACCUCUUAAAAUGUGAGACGUUCGACAUCGAGCGGGUGCUGGAGCACGGCGCGCACCUCAUGGGCUCGGAGGGACACGAGUACGAUGUGGAGGAAGAGGCUAAUAAUGCAGACAUGAAGGAACGUCUAGCGAAACAGCGGCAGCAGUUGAACGCCCGGUUAGGACUCGACAUGGCGGCGACACUGGGAGUAGACCUCACUUCCAUGUGCACUAAUGAGGAUUUGUGCCCUGUGAAGAUUGAAGUCAAGCCGAUUAAGAACGAGGUUGUUAGGAGACCGAUCCAAGAGCUGAUGCCGCUCUCUGGCAAGCCGCUGUCCUCCCGCGAGAUGAACGUAGCGAAACGCAAAGCCCGAGCGGCGUUCAGCAAGCAGAAGUCGCGUGAGUCCGAGGACGGGCCCUCCGCCCCCAGCGCGCCGCCGGAGCCCGACAGGAAGAAGGUCAAGCUGGAGCCCGAGGAUUGCGUGUUCGACAUAGGCUCCAGCGCACCGUCCCGGGGUGGGGGCUGGUCGUCCCCGGACACAUCCCGCUGGCCGCUCGAAGGCUGGUGCAGUGCGCUCCAAACCCAGCUGUUCAGUGGCGCCUGGGAAGCGAGACACGGGGCUGCGUCAGCGCUGAGGGAGCUGCUGCGCUCGCGCAUAGCGGCUUCCGCGUACGCGUCCAAGAGGGAUAUAGCGCCGGCUACUGAGCAGCAGCUAGAAGACUGGCACCAAGAAUGGUUAGAAGACAUGGCGCUGCGUCUGCUGUGUGUGCUGGCGUUGGACAGAUUCGGGGAUUUUGUGUCCGAUCAGGUGGUGGCGCCCGUGCGCGAGACGUGCGCGCAGACGCUGGGCGUGGCGCUGGCCCGGCUCCGCGCCGCGCGGGUGCGGGCGGUGGCCGCGCGGGUGGCCGCGCUGGCCCGCCAGCCGCAGUGGGAGGCAAGGCACGGCGCGCUGCUGGCCUUCAAGUACCUGCUCGCCGCGAGACAGGAAGUGGCAAUCGAGAGCGGUGCGCUGGAACACCUGAUCGCGGGGCUGGACGAUACAGCUGAAGACGUAUCUGCUGUCGCAGCAGGUGCAUUAGUACCAGCUGCAGGUGCACUUGCUUCUCGACGAGCUGCUGCUGUACCGCAUCUUGCUGCAAGGCUGUGGACACUUCUAAGGGACCAGGAUGAACUGGCUGCUCCAGCGAACUGCUAUAUGGCACUACUAGCUGCGUUGAUAAGACUACCAACCGCGGCUACGUUGCUACAUCCCAUUGACCUGGUCGACGUACUACCACGUCUCUUCCCCUACCUCGAUCACUCGACCAGUUCAGUUCGUAAAGCCACACUCCAGACCCUUCGAACCCUCACCAAGCCUCUAGUCACAGAAAACGGCCAUGACGGCACCAAUACCAAUACCGAAAAGAACAACGAAACCGAUACUGAUAAUAAUACCGAUGCCGAUAAUGAUACCAGUACUGAUAAAGCGAGCGGUGAAAACGCUGUGGCGAGUAUGAAUGGAGAUAAUCUGUAUCUGAAUUGGACUCCAGAGUUAUUGCAAGCCACAAUGCGGCAUAUCUAUCAGAGGAUAUUGUUUGAGCAUGUACAUGAGAUACAGGAAAUUGCUAUUGAUAUCUGGGAGAACCUGCUCCGACACGCAUCUUUGGGGGCAAUCCUAGUGGCGGCCUGCCCCAUGCUGGCCACGUGGAUGUGCCUCGCGAUGCAGCCCGCGCGUUUGCCUGUAGAUCCUGAUCUGCUGUUGCACACGCCGCCUAAGGAGCGGCGCCCGCGCAGCACAUCUCAAACGGAAAUGGACGCGAGCGGGGAGGGGAACAUGAACGUGGGGGAUAGUGAAGGAGAGGGGCGUCCACAACAAAAGUGGGUGGUGGGGGGCAGCGACACGCAGCCCGCCGCCACGCGUGACGCGAACGUGACGCGCGCACGCGUGCUCGCUGCGAACGUGCUGGGAUAUUUGUCGUGUUAUCUAGUCCAGCCGGCGCCCGGCAUCGAAUAUAAGGCUGAAGACGAGAGUCCUAUAGAUUGCUAUACAAAGGUGAUGGUAGUAUACCUGCGUUCGGGCAGCGCCCUCCAGCGGCUAGUAGCGGGAUUAGUGAUAUCGUCGUGGGCGACGCACACGGUCAAGCACGAUCUGUUCCCGCCUGGCAUUGCGUCGCAUCAGCUGGAUUCCAACAAAGAGAAAGAUGUAUCGAAACUGGCGCCUCCGCUACUAGUUACCACAUUGCAUACUGCGUUGAAUCAAGUCCUGUAUUAUGAUGAGGUCGCAUUGAAUUGCAACAGGAUAUUGCAAGAAGCUCGUGAUCUUUUGGCUAUGAUGAAACACUACAAGUUGCCCGUGGACGGCGAGGAGUAUAAUAAUAUAUUGAGGCUGGAACAGGUGGCAUCAAUGACAGCGGCAACUGCGCCCCUAGUAGCAAGUAUGAAGGCGAAACGCGUAGCACAGAACCUCGAGCAACGCCGGGCGGCACUACAUGCAGCUGUUGCGCAGUGUUCUCUCGACCAGGGGGAGCUUAAUGUGUCAGUUCAAGCAGCAGUCAGCGGCGCCGUAGCCUGCCUCCGAGUGUUGCCAGACAAACUAAACCCAGUAAUACGGCCCCUCAUGGACAGCAUCAAACGAGAGUCUAGCGAGAAACUACAAGCUGCAGCGGCUGAUACACUCGCGCAUUUGCUGGCCACACUGCACGGGAGGGAGUCGAGUCCGAAUAACAAAGUGCUGGUUAAUCUGAAGGCUUUCUUGCGUUGCGACCCAGAGUUCACGCCGCGCAUAUCGCUAGAGACGGGCGAAGAGAAGGCGGAGCGAAGCGAACGCGGACCGGACUCGGGGAGCGGUGAUAGCGGCAGUGAGGCGAAACCGGACACCAAUACGGGUCCUGCGUUGGACAAAUACAACGGUAUACUAACUCUCCGCGAGCAACAACGCAGCGCGGAACGAGUGGUGCCGCGCCGGGGCCGGCCGCCCGCACUCGCCGCGCACGACGCGAUAGACCACGUGCUGGCGCAUGAGGAUCAGACCCGAAAGAUGUUAAGAAUACAGAGGCGAGGCGCGACAAUGGCAUUAACUAGUCUAGCGAAGUAUUUUGGCGAUGAAUUACCUGAAAAAUUACCGAAGUUGUGGGAGUUUAUCACGGAACCCUUUGAGAAAAUUCUCACGGAUAGCGAAUUAGAAACACUAGAAGCAGAUGCCGCCGAAGAGCUGAUCUCUCGUCUGCAAGUAGUAGAAGCUGUAUGUGCUCACCUCGGCCCUGCUGUAUGGCAGAAGGUAUCGUCAGGUGCCCGAGCAUGUGCAGCGCUGUGUCGGGCACAAUACACUGCGCUAAGGCACAUGGCUGCGCGUGCGCUUGCCGCUAUGGCUGCAAGGGAACCGCAUAGGAUGAUGGACGCGCUGGUGCAAGAGCUAAUCGAAGCACUGAGUGAAGGCAGUGCGUGCGUGCGGUGCGGUGCUGCGGAAGCGCUCGCGCGGCUCGUGGACACGCUGCAGCUGCAGCUCGUGCCGUAUAUCGUGCUGCUGCUCGUGCCGCUGCUCGGGCGUAUGAGCGACCAUAACGAGUCGGUCCGCGUGAUGGCGACGCGCAGUUUCGCCACACUGAUCCAGCUGAUGCCGCUGGACGGCGCCGCGGCCGAGCCCACAGCUCUGUCACCCGAGCUGCGUGCGCGCCGGGCAGCUGACCGCGCGUUUGUGGACCAGCUGUUCAACCCGAAGGCGAUCAAAGAUUACCGCGUGCCCGUGCCCGUGGCUGCGGAGUUGCGGAGCUACCAGCAGGCGGGCGUGAACUGGCUGCGUUUCCUGUACGAGUACAAGCUGCACGGCGUGCUGUGCGACGACAUGGGGCUCGGCAAGACACUGCAGUCGAUCGUGGCGGUCGCCGCGUCGCACCACGAGCGCGCGCAGGCCCGCGCGCCCGCACUGCCCUCGCUCGUCGUGUGCCCGCCCACACUCACCGGUCACUGGGUGUUCGAAGUGAACAAGUUCAUACAGACGAAAUAUCUGAAACCGCUGCAAUACGUCGGACCGCCGGUCGAAAGAGAGCGGUUACGGUCACACGUGCGACGAUACAACCUUAUCGUCGCGUCGUACGAUAUCGUGCGGAAAGAUAUCGACUUCUUCAGCUCUAUCAAGUGGAACUACUGCAUAUUGGAUGAGGGACACGUGAUCAAGAACGGGAAGACGAAAGCGUUUAAAGCUAUUAAACAGCUAGUCGCAAAUCAUAGGCUGAUUCUGUCGGGGACGCCGAUACAGAACAACGUGCUCGAACUGUGGUCGCUGUUCGACUUCCUCAUGCCGGGGCUGCUGGGCACGGAGCGGCAGUUCACGGCGCGCUACUCGCGGCCGAUCCUCGCCGCGCGCGACCCCCGCGCCGCGCCGCACCACCUGCAGGCCGGCGCGCUCGCCUGCGAGGCGCUGCACCGCCAGGUGUUGCCGUUCCUUCUGCGGCGCGUGAAAGAAGACGUACUCCGGGAACUGCCACCGAAGAUAACGCAGGACUACUACUGCGAGCUCAGCCCGCUGCAGCGCUCGCUGUACGAGCACUUCUCCAAGCGGCACAUGAGUCAAGACGUGCCGCACUCCAGGACGCACGUCUUCCAGGCGCUCCACUACCUGCAGAACGUGUGCAACCACCCGAAGCUGGUGCUGAGCGCGGAGCACCCCGAGCUCGCGCGCGUGCAGCGACAGCUCGCCGCGCAGAACUCCUCGCUCGAUGAUAUACACCAUAGCGCUAAACUACCCGCACUUAAGCAACUCCUCCUCGACUGCGGUAUCGGCGUGUCCUCCAGCGAGGGGGGCGAAGGCUCCGGAGACGCGACGGGCGAAGUGGGCUCCGUCGUGUCCCAGCACAGAGCCCUAAUAUUCUGCCAGCUCAAGAGCAUGCUUGAUAUAGUCGAGCGUGAUUUGCUAAGGGCACAUUUGCCUGGAGUCACGUAUUUGCGGUUAGAUGGUUCGGUGCCAGCGGCCAUGCGCCAUUCGAUUGUGACCAGGUUCAAUACGGAUGUGUCGAUUGAUCUACUGCUGUUGACUACUAGUGUUGGUGGGCUUGGACUGAACCUGACGGGCGCGGACACGGUGGUGUUCGUGGAGCACGACUGGAACCCGAUGCGCGACCUGCAGGCCAUGGACCGGGCACAUCGCAUCGGGCAGCGGCGGGUCGUCAACGUCUACCGCCUCGUCACACGCAACACGCUCGAGGAGAAGAUCAUGGGGUUACAAAAGUUCAAACUGAAAACGGCGAACACGGUUAUAAGCAGCGAGAACGCAGCAAUGGAGACGAUGGGCACGGACCAACUGCUCGACCUGUUCCAACUCAGCUCGGGAACCGAACCCGCGACCGGCGAGGAGAAGCUGCCGGAGCUCUGGGAUGACGCACAGUACCAUGAGGAGUAUGAUAUGACCAGCUUCAUACGGAGUCUGAGGGAUGUGAGGGAUCCCGGGGAGGGGGUCGUGUGGAAGGAGUAGGGUAUUUGACGUAUGAAGUAAUAUGGCAGUUUUAAAACAAAAUUAGACUAUUAACAAAUUUACAAGACUACCUAAAGCUUUUACGGCAUUUGCCCCUAAAAAUAAAAAAGAUCGAAGCAGAUGGCAGAAGGCAGACAAGUAUAAUAAACGUGAGGAAGUUUGAAAACAACAUUGUCAAACUACAUUACUCUUUCUUAAAAAUUACAAUAAUUCGAAAAAAAAAUCUGCUCUACUAUUUCAUUUUUUUGACACGCAAGUAGCGCAUCUGUGUUCUUAAAUCUCUAUCAAGUAUGUGGUAUCAAGAACCAAAUUCAGGGCAUAUUAUUACUGAAAAAAAAAGUAAACAACUACAUAAAAUAUAACAAAACUUUUCAUUAGUAUCGGAUACAUACUUCUCCUACUUGAUAAAUAAUAUUAAUAAAUGAACUAUCUUUUUGUUACUGAACUUUUGGAACUGAACUUCAUAGACCUUCAUAUACCUAAAUAUUAAUUUUAAAUCAUAUGACAAGUAUUACAAUAUCGGAUAAAUGUAUAUGUAACACUAUAUAAUAACACAGUCAAUUAAAAUCAUACAGUCAUGUGGCAUGACAUGCAUUACAACAAAAAAAUUACUAAAACUAAUGGUCAGUUUUUCAAUCAUGCACGCUUGAGCAAUUUGCAUGUCAUGCAAUAUGACAGUGUAUCAUCAGAACAGAUGGUGACACGAAUUCAAAGAAAAAAUGUUUCUAUUUACAAUAUUAGUUAUAGAUACACUUCUCUCAGAAUAAUUCUGUGCUUUUUCAAUAUCCUCACUAUAUACAGGGUGUCCCAGCAACGGUAUACUAAGCCCCAAGGAGGUUAUAGUUUUGCAUACGCUGAGUACGUAAAAAAUACUGAUAAAAUUCCAGACGAAUUUUUUUGACAAACAGAUGAAUUAAAACUCUAUGUGUGUACCCAUAACAAGCAACCCGCUCAACUUUGCCACCAGCACGUGAGCUAUCGUUUAAGAUUAUGUUUUCAUGGACAAAAUGCUCAC